ACGGUCUUAAAUCUGUAAGGUGUUGUUUUUCUUAUCUUCCACCUUUUUUUAAAAUUUUAAAGUAAACAUUUUGCUUGAUUCCGUAUAGUGUCAGAUCUCUGUUUCCCAAAUAAACUACCCAUGCAUUUCUGUUCGUCAAAAAGUUCUAUCAAGUGAUUAAGUCAUCUGCUUUAGUCUCUUGUAUCAUACAGUAUUACGCUUAUUAGAUGACCACAAUUCUAAAGCUGAGCCCCCAGGUGUACAGGCUUGUAACUACAGGAAUGUCAAGAGAAACUAUUGAACGUUGCAGAAAACCACGCUCACCACAGAUGAGCCUCUCAAAUAAUAUAAUGACGCAUCAGUCGAAUAGCAAUAACAUUGCACCAACUGGAGAUCAAAGACACCCAGCAAAUGAGACAGGAGAUGUAGUUAGCAUUCAUUCAGAUCAAAUUGAUGAGAUCCAUGAAAUACCAAUGUCCGUCAUUACAAGGCCAUUUGUGUCCGAAUUGAAUGAAGAAAAAGUCACGAGCCUCAUGCAAGCUCUUCAGGAUCCGACUCAAUACGAUUCAGUUCCGCCAAUUGAUGUGCUUUGGAUAAAGGGCUCUGAAGGUGGAGACUACUAUUACUCUUUUGGAGGAUGUCAUCGCUAUGCUGCAUACCAAAGAAUAAAUCGACCAACAGUCAAAGCAAAACUAGUCAAAUCUACCAUCACAGAUUUACACUGUUACUUGGGUGCAUCAACUCCCAAUUUAAAAUGAUUUACCAGAACUCCCUCUGAGCAAAAUUGAAGCGCUAGGGAGCAGGAAAGACACUCCUCAGUUGCAGUGUCUUAGCUCUGCUAAUAUUUCAUCCAUUUUAAACAAAGCAAAUGCAUGUACGAAAAUAAAACAAAAAAUCGAAAAUUCAAAAAACUUUUUUGCCUUGGAGGCUGCACAAGAAAAUGAUCAAAUUUUUUUUUUAAAAAAAAGACCCAAUUGCAAUUAAUUUCACUCAAAUUUGAAUAAUUUUAAUUCUUUUAAUUUAAUGUGCAAGUGAGUCUUUUUUUUUUAAACAAAUGUUUGUAGUUUGUUGAAACUUCUACGGAAUAUUCUUCAGAACUUCACAAUGCUCUGGAUAAAAAAAUUAAAAAAAUUCACUUUAUCGUUUCCUCUCUAAUAAAUUACAUCGCGAUGGAAACUCUGAAAUAUCGUAACUGAGAAGUGUCUUGUCUGCACCCAGUGCCUCAAUCCUUGAAUCCGUUUUAAAAAAUUUUGUGUUGUCUGUGAUGCCUUUUUUAUUGUUACAAACAUCAGUAUUUACAAUUUAUAUGAAUUUUUACUCUGCAUUCAUGUACAUAACAUGUUCUAUAUUUUCAGCAAGGAAAAGCCUAGUAAUCUGCAAUCAAAACAUGUACCUGUGACUGAAUUCACUUUUGAUACUUUUUUAAUUUUACACAUACCUCCAUUUAUAUUACAAUAUUAGCAAAAAUAUAUAUUCAUGCUUGUCAGUCCUUUU